AUGUCACUAAAUAGUAGUCCAACCAACUUUGAACAUACUUCACCUCUAAGUUCCUCUACAUCAUCUUCUUCAAAUAUAACAUUAGCAUCUUUAGAAACUACACCAAAUAGCGAUAUAUCAGAGUCACCUUCCAAUAGGUUGAAUGUUGGUGGUGGUGCUGCUGGUGGUGGUAUCGAUUUGACUACCAGUGGCAAUUCAAUAGGAGGCUUUAAUGCUGGGAAUGUUGUUGGUAAUAAUAAUAUUAAUAAUGUAGGUGGUGGCUCUGCUACUGCUGGCGUUAACAACAACAGCAACAAGACAACAUUGUCUUCAUCAUUGUCGUCAACUCCAACUAUAACCUCUAGUAAUAGCAAAGACAAAGACAAAGACAAAGAUAAAGAAAGAGACAAGAGAGAUAGUAGAGAUAACAGUAGAGAAAAUAGUAGAGGUCGUGAUCGUGAUCGUGAUCGUGAUAGAAGCAGUCAGAGUAGUAGCAGUAGAGCUGAAAGAGAUCGUGAUCGUGACAGAGACAGGGACAGAGACAGAGAUCGUGAUCGUGAUCGUGAUCGUGACAGAGACAGGGAUAGAGAUCGCGAUCGCGAUCGUGAUCGUGACAGAGACCGUAAUAGAGAUCGUGAUAGAAACAGAAGUGAUAGUAGAGACAGGAGAAGAAGUUCAGAUCAAACUGCUACAACAAGGUCAACUACUACAUCCACUGGUGGUGGUGGUAGUAGAGAUAAAGAUAGAAAAGCUAGUAGUAGCGGAGGUGGAAGUGGAGGUGGUAGUAGUAGCAGUAGAAGUAAUAGAAAUGAGAGGGAUAGAGACAGAGAUAGAGAUAGUGGAAGUAGAAAAGAUAAAGAUAAAGAAAAGGAUAAAGAAAAGGAAAAAGAUAAAGAUAAAGAUAAAGACAAAGAAAAAGAUAAAGAUAAAGAAAAAGAAAAAGAAAAAGAUAAACUAACAAGUAGUGCCCCAAAUAUUCAAACUAUAGCAACACCUACAACAACUGCUGCUGCUGCCAUUGCAGCUGGCAAUACUACUGCAACUGGAGGAUCUGGAUCAUCUUCAUUAAAGAAUAGUAAAGAGAUACCAAAAGAUGGAACUACAAGUAAUAGUAGUAGUCGGUCUUCUUCAUUGAACAACAGUAGUAAUGAUAUCAAGAAAUCGACAACAAGUGGCGGUGGAAGUGGCGGUGGAAGCACUAGAAACAGUAGAGAAAGAGAUAGAGAUGUCGAUAGAGAUAGAGAUCGCGAUAGAUACAGAGAGAGAGAUCGCGAUAGAGACAGAGAUCGUGAUAGAGAUCGCGAUAGAGACAGAGAUCGUGAUAGUAGAGACAGUCGAGACAGUAGAGACAGCAGAGAUAGCAGAGACAGUCGAUACAGGGAUCGCGAUAGAGACAGAGAUCGCGAUAGAGAUAGAGAUAGAGACAGUAGAGACAGUAGAGAUAGCAGAGAUAGUAGAUAUAGAGAUCGCGAUAGUCGAAGAGAUAGAAGCAGGUCACGUGACAAGGACAAAGAUAAAACAAGUGGUAGUGGAAGUAAAUCUUCAUCUACUUCUACCUCUUCUUCCAAUUUAAAAGAUAGUCCAGAGUAUAACAGCUCUUCGAUGAAAACAGGCGGAGCAUUAACAUCAUCAUCAUCGUCUGGCAAGCUAUCUUCAUCAACCUCGUCAGCAAAGAUACUAUCUCCUUCUCAUGAUGGUAGUAGUACUAGCAUGAGAAGUCCCAAUCUUGGAAAGUCUUCGAGCGGAACCAAUGUCUCACUGGCAACAUCCUCAUCAUCAUCCAGAUAUAGUGGUGGAGGUGGCGCUGGUGGCAGUAGUGGUGGCAGCGGAAGUGGAAACAACAGUGGAAAGAGUGGAAAUGGUAGUGGUGGAAAUAAAAAAUCUACUUCCAAUAGCAGUGGAAAGAAUACCUCUAAAGACAGUUCAAAAAGUGGUGGUGCUGGUAGUGGAAGUGGAAAUAAGGGUAAAGGUAGUAACAUCAAUCAAGGUAUUGGUAGAAAGAAAAAGAGAAGUGACGACGAUAGUGGCGACGAAAGUGACUACGAGAGUACAUCCUCUUCAUAUGACACCAGUGACGAUGACGACGAUAGUGACUAUAGCUACACUGACAGCAGCAGUAGCAGUGGAAGUGGCAGCGAAACAGAGGAUACAAGCAGUGGAAGUGGCAGUGAGACAGAAGACACAAGCAGUGGAAGUGGAAGUGGUAGCGAAUCAGAGAGUGAAAGCGAAAGUGAGGAUGAGAAAGCGACAACUAAAAGAGGAGCGGCUGCAACAGCAAAAAGUAGCUCUAAAGCAUCGAAACAACAACAAGCUAAACCAAAAGCACCUAUUACAAAGAAGGAUCAAGAUAAACAAGCUAAAGCAACAACGACAUCGACAACCACCACUCAGCCAACUGCAUUGACAAAGCAGCCAUCAACUGUUGGAGCGGCAACGAGUAGCAAUGCAGCGGUGGUAGCGUCGGCAACGGCAACAGCUCCAGCAUUGAAUGUACAGAACAACAACAACUCAAAUGAACUUGUUAGCGCAACAACCUCUACCUUCUCGGCAUCGACAUCGAAUACAACAUCACCCAAUUUACAACUACCGGGCAUUGCAAUACCUACUACCAUGGAAGAAGUAGUAGUGGUUAAAAGAGCAAUGUCACCAAGCAAUAAUAAUAAUUCCAAUACUUUAACAGCAACAACAGAAGUAGGAGUACCAUCAGUAACAACAACAAUAGAAUCAGUUAGUACACCAACAAUUAAGCAAGAAGAUCAAGAAAAGAAUAAUGUUGAUACGCCAUCAGAACCGAAUAGCAAUGAAACUGAAAUGGAUACCGAUGAGCAAGAAUUGGGUGAUCAAUCAAUCGAUCUAUCCGAUGCGGAGUCAAGGAAGACCUUUGAGGAUGAAAUAACCUAUGAAAUAUAUUCUGACCUACUAGAAGAAGUACUCCUAGAUAUUUACUUUGAAACACAUAGAGAUUAUCAUACUGGUAAACUUUGUUUAAAUUGCGAUAUAAAUGAUAAUGAAUAUAUAAGAAAAGGAUUAGAUGUAUAUGGACAAGUUACUAAAAAUCAAAGUGAUAUGUUUGAAUGUUUAAAAUGUGAAUCGAUGGUGAACUCAUCGAGAUAUGCACCACAUCUUGAAAAAUGUAUGGGAAUGGGAAGAACUACAAGACUAACUAGAAAAACCAAUAAUGAUCAUCUCUUACAGUUACAAAACAACGAUAAGAACUCAAUGUCUGAGGAGUCUGACGAUGACUAUGAACCACGUGGAAAAGGUUCCAAGAGAAAAUCUAGACCAAAACAAGCACAUUCUUUAGACACAAUUAAAUCACAAUCACCUGAAAAGAUUCAUAGUAUUUUAGAUAAAAUGUGUGGUGUAGUUUCAAAUAGUACAGGUAAGAUGUGUACUAAAACAUUGAGAUGUCCACAACAUAGUGAUGAACAGAGAGAACAGAUUAGACAGAAACUAAUGGGAAAGAAUACCGGUAAGGUGAAAAAGAUAAACUCACCUCUUAGCAACAACAGCAACAAUCACCAAAACAACAAUGAAUAUUUAGACUUAUCACUAGGUGAAUUUGUUGAUGUUGAAGGAGAUGAAAUUCAAGAAAGACAACAAAAAAGAAAUAAAGUUUAA